AUGUCGCAAGCAGGAUCCGCAGCAGCCGCAGGAGUCGUAGGAGUCGCAGGAGUCGCAGGUCCAGCAGGAGUCGCAGGAGCCGCAGGCGACGAGCAGGUCGCGGCCACGGCGCCGAUCCCCGUCGGAGACACCCCCACCGCUUCCGCAGGAGACAUCCCCGCCGCUUCCGCUUCUCCCGAUCCAGCCAAUCGCGCCAAGCAAGCGUCGACGGUGCCGUUGGAUUCAGAACGGCGGGAUCCGGUAGAAGCAGUCUCGCUAGAAGCAGCGGCGAAGUCCGGGGAUGUAGGGAUUCGACAUCCCAUUGUCCCGUGUGGGGGUCUCAAAUCCGCCGCGCAUUCCAUCCCCGAAGCAGACAUCCCCGUUUUAAGCAGCAUGGGAAGCACGUUUGGCGCUUUCACCGCCGGCACCGUUCCUCAGGACGGGCUCUUCCUCCCGACCCUACCGCAGGUUCGGGUGGAUUUCCCGCCGGGCCACCUGGUUCGGACGACGAGCCAAGACAGCAGCGUGGCGGCCACGCUCGGCAGCCCGACGGGAAGCAUAAUGUCGCUGGAUCAAUUCUCGACGUGCUCGUCUAUCCCGCCCUACCACAUGUCGCCCGCGCCUUCCUUCACCUCUGACCAAGCUAUGGCGGACUUAGCAGGAUCAGGCCUCGUUACAAGCAGACUCGGUAUAACGAGCAAGGCUCUGUUUUCCAGCCCCGGGGAGAAGUCAGCUGGGGGGCAGUCGGCGGGCGUGGCGGAGCGGGAAGCAGGGGGGAGCAGGUUCGGCGGGGCAGGCGCAAGCUACCCCGCUCCACCCACCGUUCAGACGCUCGUCGUGGUUCGGCACGCCGAGCCUAUCGACGAGCAGGACGACGGCUGGGCGGCAGGCUCGGACCGACCCUGGGACCCGCCGCUGUCCGCGCGAGGCGCCAAGGCGGCGGAGGAGGUCGGGCAGGCGCUGCGGGCACGGGGCUUCGGCGCGGGGAGGAGCAGCGCGCGGGGAGGCGGCGGGGGGAAGGAGAGCGAGAGUGGGGACGAGGUGGAGGGUGCGAGGUCGGGAGCUGUGGUGCGGGUCGUGGUGUCGCCCUUCCGCCGCUGCGUGCAGACGGCCGUUCACGUCGUGGCGGGGCUGCUGGGCGCGCGCACGGGGGAAGGGGCGGAGGGGGAGAAGGGGGAGGGAGAAAAAGGAGAGGCGGGCAGCGCAGGCGAAGGGAAGGUGGCGGGUGGGGCCGCAGAGGGAUCGCAGAAGGCGGAGGGACAGGUGCAGUCGGCAGCUUCUCCUUCAGGUGUCACUGUCACGGUGUCCAUCAGCCCCGCCCUGGCUGAGGUGUCAUUCAGCCCCGCCUUGGCUGAAGUGAUGAACACGCGCGCUCUGCGUCGCUGCACAGAAGAAAGACCACCAGCGGCGUCCAUCCCGCUCAGCAGCAUGGCGGAGCAUGCAGGGCUGGCGGCAGCAGUGGAGGCGGCAGCAGCAGAGGCGCGCAGCAAGGGGUGGGUGCUGGGGGAGGAUGACCUGAAGGCGCUAUUUACCCCCGGCACCACCUUCCUGCCGCUCCCUGCUGCUGCUGCUGCUGCGUCUGGAGAUGGGAGGGCAGGCAGGAACGUGCAUUCAGAGUUCCCCAUCUUCCCGGAAUCGCUCGAGAGUGCACGGGAGCGCUUCAUGCAGGCAUUUGAUGACGUGGCAGCACUCUUCCCCAGCGACAGCAUCCUCUGCGUGACACAUGGCGACGCCGUAGCGGCCAGCGUGGAGCGUCUCGCCCCUGUCACCGUCGUCGCUGUCGAUUUCUGCGGCUACUCCUGGUCGCAGCGCCGCGCUGCACCGCUCUACACCCAUCCCAGCCGCCUCCACCAUGAUUCUCACCACUCGCACCACCACGCCAGCCUACCGCCGCUGCCCCCACCCCCGCCCCCACCCCCCACUCCUGCGAACGAGCCUGAGAGUCUUGAUGGUGAGGAAGCAGGGGUGGUGGGAUCCAGACAAACGGUGUCAGCCAGUUUUGCCGCUGCUGUAGUAGCGGCAGGUUCGGAGACCGAGGCUGCUGCUGUAGCGGCGGCGGCUGUUGCAGCUGUAGCGGGGUUACAGGCGAGCAGACGAGGGGGGCUGGGGGGUGUGGUGGAGGAGGGGGAGGAGGAGGGGGAAGGGGAGGAAGGUGGGGACGGUUCGGACGGCAGGAGUGGGGGAAAGCAGGGGGCGUUGAGUGACAGUGUGGUGAUUGUAGGAGGUUCGACUGCUUCUGAUAUAAGCACGCACGAGGGUGAGGAGGACGAUAAAGACACAGUGAACAGCAGCAUCGACGUGGGGCCUUCGCUCUCUGAGGUGGCUGAAGGGGAUGAGGAGGGCGAGGAGAGGGGGGCAGGGGAGGAGGGAGAGGAGGUGGGGAGUGAGAGCGGGCAGGAGGGGUUGGGAGGGAGAGGGAGAGGGGAGGCGAGGAUGGGGGGAGGGAUGGAGGUGGGGGAGUGGGAGCUGCUGACGAGUUCAGGGUCUACUGGAGUAUGCUGGAUCUCCAACAUCGCUCUGGCUGCCAGGGAUGAUGAAACGCCCACUAAAGGGUUGGCUUCCUAA